GGGUCUCAUCACAGGUCUGGAUUCACUCAAGUAUUUAUAGAAGAAGUGUGACCUAAAUAACCCGGUGUGCAGUCAGACCACGUCCCCUAAAAUACAGAGAGAGAAAGAAAACAACAACAGCUCCUUCUGUUAGAAAGGAGAGAAGAAGAUCUGUGGAGAGUUAAACCAUCAAUGUAACCCAGUGUCAUGGAUCAGGAGACAGCAGGAGGGAUUUUAGAUCAGGAUUUGGCAACUCAGCUCAUGAUUGAAGAAAGUCUACUGCAGGGCCACAAGCAAACCCAAGGCAAAAACUCUUCAUCUGAUGUUAUUAGGAUCAUUCACAUCAGCCCAGAGAGAGAGAAGAUUUUCAAUGCUAUUAAACAUGGUGACGAAGGGUCCCUCAGAAAGCUCACAGUUUACCAGCAUGCGUUCAGUGAAGAAGAUAACACCGGUUACAUCCCUUUACAUGAAGCUGCAAGCCAAAGCAACCAGAGCAUCCUUCACAUCACAUUUACUGCUUCUCAUGUGGAGUUAAAGGACAGAAGGACUCAUCGGGGUAAGACGCCUCUUUUCUUAGCUGUGGAGAAGGGAUUUUUAGACAACGCCUGUUUUCUGUUAGACAGCGCCUGUAGUCCAGAUACCCUGGACAAUGAGGAAGACUCACCUCUUGUUGUAGCCAUUAGAAACAACAAUUAUGAUAUGGUGAAGCUUCUGCUAAACUUCAAUGCUAAAGUUAAUCAAGAGGGAGCGCACAGAAGAACAGCCCUGCAUGAAGCCGCUCGGCUGGGCCUGAAAGAUUUAGUGGACUUGUUGUUGAAGUUUGGAGCUCAUCCUGACCCCAGGAGCUCUUUCGGCCUGACACCUUUAGCAUUAGCGGCACAGGCUGGACACCUGGAGAUUGUUCGGACACUCUUACAGAAAGGAGCUGAUGUGGAGUCUCAGGCUCAGGACAGCGCUACAAUCCUGUUUGAGGCCUCAGCUUCAGGAAACCCUGAUGUGAUUUCUCUACUGCUGGAAUACGGAGCUGACGCUAACGUACCCAGACACACCGGUCAUCUACCCAUCCAUAGAGCGGCUCACCGCGGACACCAGAAAGCUCUGGCUCUUCUGAUCCCCGUGACGACGUGUGAUGCUGUGGAUGACAGUGGUAUAAGUCCUCUACAUUCAGCGGCCGCUGGUGGACACACACGCUGUUUGGAGAUGUUGCUCAAGGCCGGUUACGACCCCAACUUCAUGCUGUACCCGUGGGUACGCCGUAACUAUGACGACAAGCGCCAGUCAGCCCUGUACUUUGCCGUGUCCAAUGACGACGUCGCCUCCACCAGGGUACUGUUGGAGGCCGGAGCAAUGCCCAACCAGGACCCAGUGAAAUGCCUACAGGUGGCGCUGCGCCUGGGCAACUAUGAGCUUAUCAGCGUCUUGCUUCGAUACGGUGCCAACGUCAACUACUACUGUCGGGUGAACACAACUCACUUUCCAUCGGCGUUACAGUACGCCCUGAAGGAUGAGGUCGUGCUACGGAUGCUGUGUAACUAUGGUUACGAUGUGAUGCGAUGCUUCGAUUGUCCAUAUGGAGAGGGCUCUCACGUUCCUGAUGAUUAUGAAGGCUGGAGUAAUACGGUCAUUAAGGAUACUCUGUUUUGUGAGGUCAUCUCUGUCUCAUGGCUGAAGCAUCUCUCUGGGAAUGUGGUGCGAGCCAUGCUGGACUACGUCGAUCACGUGAGCUUUUGUGCUAAACUCAAGGCUGUCAUCAUGGAGCAGAAACAGUGGCCAGAAAUCUGUCAAAUUCAAGAGAACGUCCGCGGUUUGCAGCAUCUCUGUAGGCUGAAGAUCAGGAGCUGUUUGGGUCGACUGCGUUUACGAGCUCCAGUUUUCAUGAGCUUUCUUCCUCUGCCAGACCGACUGAAACAAUACAUCUUAUACAAAGAAUAUGAUCUUUACAGUCAGCAGUGUCAAAGCAAAUGAGAUUUAGAUGAAUGUGGAUGGGAUGGGAUGCUCCCAGUAAUGUGAAGACUAGAAAUGAAAUAAUGUGGAGAGAAACCUUUUUUUUUUUUGCUUGGGGAUAUUUUCAUAUUAAGGGGUUCCCACACCUUAGUUAACUUCAAAUUCAAGGGCCUUUCAAGACCUUUCCAGGUCCAAUACCCUCAAAUUCAAGGACUAAAUUUAGGGAUUCAUUUCAAGUGAGAGCAAGGUUACAUCGUGUUACCUUUUAAGAUAAACGCGGGAGCCAGGAAGUAUAUCGCUAUCAUAAAUAUUGCCAAAGACGGCGUUACAGAGACUCAAGAAGUAUGGCAAGAGAGACGCAGCGUCUCGUUCCCUUCUCAGGGAAGAACAGUUACAUACGUAACCAGAGACGUUUUCUUGUGUCAAACACAACUAUGCAAAAAAAGCAUUUUGGUAUGAAUCAACAUUUGCAUAAAGAAGAUAUAAACAUUUAAAGCGAACAGUUUAACGUGUGUGCUUAAAAAGUCUAGAAUUUUUAUGAUAUUAUCCUACACUACACAGGGAAUAAUAUGGAUUUUUCCAGAAAACUUCUUGCAUAAAAUAGAUUCAAUCACUUUCAAUGACCUGUUUCUAUGUAUGUAUAUUUUCAAAAACUUUCCAGGGCCUUGAAUUAUUUCCCCCAGAUUCACAAACUUUCAAGGACCCGUGUGAACCCUGCAUAUUGGUUUAUAAGUGAUGUUUUUGUGCAAUAACAUUAUUCAGUCUGUGGUCUGAUGAAGAAGGUGCAGCACAAUACCAACACUGAGGCUGUGAACAACAUCUAGAGCAGUGGUUUUCAAACUGUUUUACGACAUUUUAUAAAAUACAUAAUUUUUUUUUAUAAAUUCUGUGCAAUUAAACCUCAGAAAAAUAAGGGAUACAUUGUACACAAGGGGGGCCGCGCCGAUAAAGUUUGAGAACCACUGAUCUAGAGAGGAUACUUUAUGGAAGGGAAUAUAUAUAAAAACAUACAUUUGUGCACACAUACAUAUCUACUUAUAAAGGAAGGUAAACUCAAGACUGGACUUCCCAGCUAAAAAAAAAAACACAGAAAAUUCUAUUGAUUUUAUUGGGAAUUUUAUUAGUUCUAAUGGAAUAUGGCCCAAAACACACUACAAUGUAGUGGUUUUAAUUGUAAAAGCUAAUGGUUCCUAUUGGUAUUUUAAUGGAAACCAUUAGAAUUUUCUGUAAUGGUUUUAUUGUUUUUUUCAGCAGGGCUAUAGAAAUAACUUGUAGAGAGUGGAGUUUUUUUUAAAUAAGAAAUGUAUAAAUUAUA